AUGCUCCGAUCAAGUAUUUUCAAAAUGGCCCGGCGGUUUGCCUCAACAGCAACUCCUCCUCCCUCCUCAUCCCAGCAACCUCCUAAAAAGGGCAUUAAGGCUCUUAUGGCCAAGUACGGUUACUCUGCUCUCGGUGUUUACCUCGGACUUUCUGCCGUCGACCUGCCUCUUUCAUUCCUGUUUGUUCACUCAGUUGGCCCAGAGCGCAUGGAAGCAUGGACAAGCCAGGUCAAAGGUUACUUUGGAUAUACCACUGAGGAAAAGUCUUUGGAACAAGACGCAGAAACUGGCCAUUUGGACCCUGAAAGGGCAAAAGACCCCCAGCCUACCCAGAAAUGGUUUGGAAUUGACCGUAGACUAAUUGCUGAGUUUGGCGUCGCAUACGCUCUCCACAAGUCUCUCAUCUUUAUCCGUAUACCCAUCACAGCUGCCAUCACUCCUGCAGUUGUCCGCCAACUUCAAAAAUGGGGAUUUAAUGUUGGCAAGGCUGUGACCACCACUGGGCUCGGCUCUAAAGCCACCUCGAAACAACGUUUUGGGUCUUGGUUCUUUUAA